AUUUUUAGGAUGCGCACCGGGGUCUUUUCAUCCAGCAGCUGCGGCACAUGCAGAAUCAACAGCCCCGCAUCAAACUGAAGCUGUUUGGACAUUCUGGUGCUGGGAAAACAACACUUGUGGAGUCUCUCAAGUGUGGCCUGAUACGAAGCUUUUUCCGAAGACGUAGGCCUAGGCUUUCCUCCACAAGCUCAAACAGAUUUCCUCCGUCUCCUUUGUCUUCCAAACCUUCAGUUUCAGUAAGCAUUACGAAUCUUUAUCCGGGUUGUGAGAACGUCAGCGUGAGAAGCCGUAGUAUGAUGUUUGAGCCAGGUCUGACCAAAGGGGUAUUAGAAGCUUUCGUUUCACCUGCUCAUCACUCUCACUCCUCUGCUGAUGACCAGUCCACCAAGGCCAUUGACAUUCAAAAUGCCAGUUUGCAUGGAGUUGGUGAUUUCAGCAUCUGGGACUUCUCUGGGAAUCCUGUGUAUUUCUGCUGUUAUGAUUAUUUUGCUGCAAAUGAUGCCACUGCAGUUCACGUAGUGCUUUUUAGUCUUGAGGAGCCUUAUGAAAUCCAGUUAAACCAAGUGACCUUUUGGCUCAGUUUCCUGAAAUCGUUAGUCCCAGUUGAGGAGCCAAUAGCAUUUGGUGGGAAGCUGAAAAGUCCCCUGAAUGUUGUUUUGGUCGCCACACAUGCUGACAUAGUGAAUCUCCCUCGGUCUGCUGGGGGAGAGUUUUGGUAUGACAAAGACACGGCGUUGUUGAAAGAAAUCAGGAACAGAUUUGGAAAUGAUCUGCAAAUUUCAGACAAGUUAUUUGUCUUGGAUGCUGGAGCAUCGGGAUCUAAAGAUAUGAAGCUUCUCCGAAAUCACUUGCAAGAAAUAAGAAGCCAGAUAAUUUCUACUUGCCCACCUAUGACUCAUCUGUGUGAAAAAAUAAUCUCAACACUGCCUUCAUGGAGAAAAAUGAACGGACCCAACCAGCUGAUGUCCUUGCAGCAGUUCGUAUAUGACGUACAGGAACAGCUUAAUCCCCUAGCAAGUGAAGAUGACCUACGGCAUAUUGCACAGCAGUUGCACAGCAUAGGAGAAAUUAACAUUAUGCAGAGUGAAACUGUCCAGGAUGUUGUGCUUCUGGAUCCUCGCUGGCUCUGUUCAAAUGUUCUUGGAAAAAUUCUGUCAGUGGAGAACCCAAAAGCCCUCCAUCACUAUCGAGGUCGGUACACCAUAGAGGACAUACAGCGUCUCGUGACAGACAGUGAUGUGGAAGAACUGAUACAGAUCUUGGAUGCCAUGGAUAUUUGUGCAAGGGACCUUAGCAGUGGAGCAAUGGUGGAUAUUCCUCCUCUCAUAAAGACUGACAAUCUCCACAGGUCUUGGACAGAUGAGGAGGCUGAGGUGCUGAUUUAUGGUGGUGUUAGAAUCGUUCCUGUGGAACAUCUUACCCCAUUUCCUUGUGGAAUUUUUCAUAAAGUUCAGGUGAAUCUCUGCAGGUGGAUUCAUCAGCAGAGCACAGAGGGAGAUGCUGAUAUUCGCCUGUGGGUAAAUGGAUCAAAGAUUAUGAAUCGUGGAGCUGAGCUUUUAGUGCUUCUGGUCAACCAUGGUCAGGGUAUAGAGGUUCAAGUUAGAGGACUGGAAACAGAGAAGAUCAAGUGCUGUUUACUUCUGGAUUCUGUAUGCAGCACCAUUGAUAACUUAAUGGCCACAACCUUACCAGGCCUUCUGACUGGGAAAUACUACCUUAGUCCUCAGCAGCUGAGGGAACAUCAUGAACCAGUAAUGGUCUACCAGCCUAGAGACUUUUUCCGUGCACAGAGUCAAAAGGAGACAUCACUGACUAACACUAUGGGGGGAUAUAAAGAGAGCUUUAGCAGUAUACUGUGUUUUGGGUGUCUUGAUGUCUACUCCCAGGGAAGCCUAGGAAUGGAUAUUCAUGUCUCCGAUCUGAAUCUACUUACCAGGAGAAAACUAAGUCGACUUUUGGAUCCACCUGAUCCUAUGGGCAAAGAUUGGUGCCUGCUGGCCAUGAACCUGGGCCUCCCUGAUCUUGUUGCAAAGUACAAUACAAAUAAUGGAACACCAAAAGACUUUCCCUCAAGCCCAGUCCAUGCCCUUCUGCAGGAGUGGAGUAAUGCUCCUGAGAGCACUGUAGGUAUUCUGAUGUCUAAGCUGAGAGAAUUAGGUCGCAGAGAUGCAGCAGACUUUUUACUGAAGGCGUCUUCUGUUUUCAAAAUAAAUUUAGAUGCUAACGGUCAAGAGGCUUAUGCUUCCAGUUGCAACAGUGGCACAUCUUAUAACUCGAUUAGCUCUGUAGUGUCACGAUAAGAACAGGUGUUUUGCAUGGACAUCUUUUCAAACUGCGGAGAGGAUGAAAGAGUAUAACUGUUCUGUGCAUUUUCAUUUAUCAGGUUUUACAUCAAAGGAUCUUUAUCCUUCUCCAGUACCACCUUUUUGUGCAUAAACUUUCUUCUUUUAACUAUUAAAAACGCUGGUGUACGUCUGGUGUUUUAAAAUUAUUCCUGAUACAUAAUGUGCUGCUU